AUGUUGACCAUGGCUUUGAACUUCACAACUUGGUCAAAAAUUUUUCGACCUCGCCGCGGUUUUUGUCCCAUUUUGGCCUGGCUUAUGCUGAAGGCAGCUCUAUAUGGAUCCUGGCUACUUGGAGUUUUUCCUUUCACGUUUGACUCAAAAAGAAAACAACUGAGGCGUUCUCGAUGGCUACAAUUCUAUGGCAUAAUUGGCCAUUUUUUCUGCUUGUGCCUGUUUGGUUGGAACCAAUUUGUAUACCAGGGGAUAAGAAAACAAGGUGCUCUUGAGCGUAAUCCGUUGCUGGGACAAAUACAUGAGAAAUUCGGAGUCAUCGCAAUAUUCACCGCGAUCGUUACACAUUUCAGUACCUUUUCGGGAAGCAUCAAAAUUCAUGAGAUUGCCAACGAACUUUUAAGCCUUAGGAAUCAGCACUUUGACGAUUUUAAUGAAAGGAACUGUCCCACCUUCAACUGCUGUGUAAAUCAAAAAUCUUUGGCUGCGAUGUAUCAAAUAUUUAUACUUCUAACAUUUGCAUUAUCGCAAGGAAGUGUAUUGGCAAAGAUCCUGACGCUCCUCGGUUUCGUGCCAUUAGUGUCACUCCAUUUGAUUGUAAUGCAUUUCCACAUUGUAAUUCUUUUAAUAUAUCGACAUGUGUUUUUGAUUAACAGAGAACUCGUGGACCUGGCAAACAAUACACAAAUCACACAAGCCAAUCCCAGUAAAAAAUCCUCAAGAAUUCGCGAACUUGCCGGCGUAUACAAUCGUCUUUUGAAGUUAAAUAAAAACGAGGUAGAUGCAUACGAUUUUCAGAUGGCCCUUAUACUAGCUAUGUACUUUAUUUACAAUAUAUUAUUAAUAUUUUUCCUUAUUGUAAUUGGUAUUAGCAUGAACAAACAAUAUAUCUACUUUGUGGCUUCUCCGCACUUAGCUGUUAAUAUUUGGGAUUUUUGGUUAAAUAUUGUCGUGUGCGAUAUCACCGAAAAGGCUGGUGGAAAAACUAUAACAAUCUUGAAACGUUUUAAUGAUCUUGAGAAUAAAGAUGUCGAGCUAGAGAGAAGUUUGAAUGAGUUUGCCUGGCUGUGCAGUCACCGAAAAUUCCAAUUUAAGCUGUGUGGACUCUUUCAAAUGAUCAUUACCAAUUUUCUUUACAUGGUUUAUUUGGUGCAGUUUGAUUAUAUGAACUUGUGA